AUGAACUCCCCCGCCUCGAGCGUCUCAAGCAUUCUGCUGGCGGAAUUGCCUUGGGGCGACAACAGCCUACUCGACGAAACCCUGACUCUGGACACGCUCUCUGAUACAGAUUCGUUUUCUUCUAAUUCACCCGCCAUCAAUCAGGGCCUUCUAGGAGCCACGCCAAAGCCUAUUAAUUCCUUCAGAAAGCACAGUAUAUACGCAUCGCGCCCAUUAGCCAAAAGGAUCACCCCCGCUGCGACUGUAAGCGUGUGCGCGCCAGCCCAGCCCAACGCUCCGGAAGGCCUGUCCGUUAAGGACUGGGCGCAAUCGCUUGUGCCUUCUGACCCUCCUGAUCACGUCCCUUGGGGCGAUGGCGAAGACAACGCGUAUGUAAUUGCUGAUGCUGAUGAUGCGCCAGGCGGUCUCCGAGCACCCCAUAUCCUUGUCGAAAACCCGCCAUCACCCUUUCGAGCCCGCCAUGAUGGCCUCCAUUUGAAAGUGCCUAAAAAUGGAGACUCGUCUGACAGCUACCUUAGAUCUACCGCUCCGCUCACAAUUCGCCGCGACAGAAAGCGCAACCGCGCUCCCACUAACAAACCUAUCAAUGAGCUAUUCUUCGAGCGCGAGAUAUCCCUUUCCCCCGGCUCUGGCGGACGGACUGAGCGUCUAUCUCUACAAAUCCCUGCUGCUACAAUGAGCCCGGAGCUGGUGGACCUCAUGCUGGAGCUGCAUAACCUCAAGACCUUUUUCCAGGAACCACCGGGAGGGGCGAAGGCACCUAACAGUAAGCCCCCGCAGAAGGCUCCGCGAUCGAACGAGGAGGACACCAAGGCACCAACUCUGAUUUUAUCUGACUCUCACUCGGUCUUCCCCAUUCCCCUCUCGCGACCUGGUUCGGACGCCUCGCUGAAAGGCCCGUUAUCUGCCUGUAGGAAUACAGACACGUCAGGUACAACACCGAUUGCUAUUGCUGCCCGCCGUGGACGAAAAAUGCUUGCUCCUUUGGCUGUCCAAUCAACCGCGAUAGGCGACAGCUCGGAUAUUAUGUAUCCUGGCAUGCCAACUGCUUUCUUGGGAACACCCUCCGCAUAUUCGCCUCACUCAGGCAUGCCGCUAUCAGGCCCGGCCGGUAAUUGUGCUCCUCCUGCUCCACCCAAUGGACUGGAUAUCCAAGGAAUGAUAGAAAGUCUCAGGGGUCAAUGUGCCGCGUUUCCUGCUACUCCGAAUACGCCUAACUACCCAACGCAAACACCUUCUGAGCCCCUCCCUCCCCUCCCUUCUGAUGCGAAAGCCCAGCCCGAAAAACGCAAGAGAAGGCGUGCGUCUGAAGCUGCUAACCCGAAGAAAUAUCGACCCCGUCAAAGCGAUUCGUUAACUAGACAAGACACUUUAGCUUCUCUUGGCGCUGGUUUGGACGCUGGUGUUGCUGAUUCGUCCAACAUAUAUUUCGGGCAGGACCUGGCCAAGUCAACAGCUUCCUUUCAUGCAGUGAAGUCCUCGCGCUCUAGCCACUGGGACCUCGACAAUGCAACUCGGUCAAAGGGUGCUUCUUCUGCUCGUGCUAGUCUCUCGACGGUCUCCCCUCCUUCCCCCAAUCAGCAGCAGAAGAAUAGAAGAAGAACCAUGGCCAUCGUUGGCGACGACAGGAUCGGCGAGUGGGCAGCGUCGCAAAAUUUCUCUGAAUCCCCUUCGAAGGUCCCUGAUGUGCCUCGUUCUGCGCUCCGCCACACUUCAAGCCCUCCCCCUAAUAAACCCAGCCAUCAGUCUAGGGCGUCCAGCGUGUCAUCAACUUACGCCCCUAGAGGUAUUUUGAGGAACAGGAAAAGCGUCCGCUUCGCGUCUCUUCCCGGUCGCAAGAGUAACAGUGUUGAAUGUGCACCCAGACCCAGUAUAGAUCAAAUUGGCAGCGGCGAUUAUUCGCAUCAGGAUCAAACUCAGGACAGGCGACGAGGUGGCAGAGUGUCACUCCCAACUCUAUCUUCAGCCCGGGAACGGAAAGCAUGCAGACAGGUAAAGGACUCUACCUCAGAAGCUACUUCAACAAUACACCCCUCGUCCGUUCCUUCGCACCCGACAUCAUUAUCCUUCAAGUCGCGCAAUAGUGCGACAUCGGACGGUCAGAAACUUAUUCCUAGGAGGAGACACACGUUUACACCAACCCCCGAACUACGAUCACAGCCUCCGUCAAAUGCUACACAAGAUCCAAGUUCACGUACUCGGAGCGACCGAUCCGUUUUUGUCACUUCACCCACGCCAACCAAGCAUCGCCCUCCUCCAGUCGUCCGUUCGACAAGGACGACUACUAUCACCCCGAGAAAAAGCGUAAUGACUAUCGAGGAACAAAUGCCUGUCAUGAGGCAAACUGGCUCUCAACUUUCCCCGCAGAAGACACCCCGACUGUGUCGGAAAUCUAUGGCCCCCACGAUUGAUCCGGACUAUCGGAGUAGCGACAAGGAAAACAGAGGACUCGGAAGAGCAUCACUCGCGUAUCCCUCGCCAAUCAGUUUCCAUAACGGUGGUAAUCAGACUGCUGCUCGGAAGGAGAGGAGUAUGUCAGUUGAUGAAUAUGACUCGAAGGGAAGUAAAGGCAAAGGCGCUAGUCGCAUGCCUGUCCCUCUUAGAAACAUCCUUACAAGAUUCAAGUAG